AUGGGGCGCGCAGGAGGAGGGACGAGGAGGGAGGAGGAGGGACGGACCUCGGCGGUGACGAUCCGGUCCGGCUGGCUGCAUUUGGACCGGGAUCAGACGGGGGAGUUCCGAGAAGUGGCAGGCCUGGGUCUGGCCGCAGGUGGCCGGGUGGGACGCGCUCAGGAAGCAGGUCUGACCGCGGCAGUCGAUGUUGGUCUCCCCGGUGAAGAUCAAGUGACCGCACGCCGUGCUCUUGGAGAAGCGCAGCUGUCGAUGGCACAUCUGCGCGCGGAGGCGGAUAAAGCCAGCGGCGGCAGCGACGCGGCACGGGAACUCACGGUGGGAAGGGGGGGGGGAAAGGGGCGGAGGGGCACGUCGGCGGAGCAGGAGCAGGAGCAGGAGCGGGCAGGAGCAGGGUGGCGUCGACGAUCGGCGUUUGUUAGGUUGGGCGCGGGGGCGCCGAGGUCAGUCCGCCCUGGGGUGGAUUCGCGCGGGGGGGGCGAUGAUGCAGCAGCGGUGGCACUCACCGAGGAGGGAUCCACCGUCGGUGACUUUGCGUCGAGUGGAUGGGGAGCCUGGGGAACUCCGCCGGGGGGUGUCUGGGGUUGA